AUCAGAAUCAGUCGUUGAGCGGAACUCUGCGCAAGCAGCCGCACAAAAUUUGAAUUGGUUCAGUACAAAAAAAAGUUAGAACAUGUUGAAGGUUUGCUUGCUAUUGGCCGCAGUAGGCUUGGCGAGCGGAGCGGAAGUCUUCCGUAAUGCGGCGUUUCAGUGUGGGAUCCCGAAGAAUCCGCCUACCUUGUUGAUCGUCAACGGAGUCGACGCGAAGAUCAGCGACUGGCCGUGGCAUGCUGCGAUUCGGUUGCACUUGGCGGGUGGUGGCGAGCCGGAAUACGUCUGCGGUGGCACGUUGAUCAGCGAGCGGUUCGUCGUGACGGCCGCGCACUGUACGCUGAAUCCGGAAAACCCGAACAAGGCACCGCGGAUGUCGGUUCAGCUGGGCGUCAAUGCGGUUGGGUCGCCGGAGGGGAAGACCUUCAACGUGGAGAAGGUUCAUCGGCACGCUGGGUUUUCGUUGGAAGAACUGCGGGAUGAUAUUGCGCUGCUGGAGUUGGAGAGUCCGGUUGAGUUUACGGACUUUAUCCUGCCGGCUUGUCUGAGCAAGAGGACGGAAUUGGCGCCGGGGAAGUUGGGAGCCGUUGUCGGUUGGGGAGUGACCGAGAAUGAUAUUCCGUCGACGAAGCUGAAGCUGGCCAAGCUGCCGGUGAUCGACGAGUUGGAGUGUAAGCGGAAGGAGCCGGAGCUGUACGGACGAGUGCUGACGGAGAGGGUGUUCUGCGCGGGGUAUGUCAACGGAACGACGGCCUGCAACGGGGACAGUGGCGGUGGAAUCGUGUUUGAACGGGGAGACGCGUGGUAUUUGGGAGGCGUGGUUUCGUUCACCAAGACGCGUGACGGCUCACAUCUCUGCCAGACCAAAACGUAUUCGGUGUUCACCAGAGUCACCUCCUACUUGGAUUGGAUUGAAAAACUGACCAAUACCGAUUUCAGCCAGGAGUACGGAAUUGAAAAAAUCGUCCCCUGCUCAACGCCCGGUCAACCCAGCGGAAAUUGCGUUCCAGUUCAGCAGUGUCGAGACGUGUUUGACGCGCUGCGAUCGCCCCUUCUGUCCAAGGAUACCGCCAACAGUCUUCGCCAGAAGGUGUGUCAAUUGCGUGGAGUUCGUCGUAGCGUUUGCUGCGCCUCAAAUCAGAUCGAACGGAUCCCGAUCCAUCGGAACGCGAUCCUGUUGCCGCAGGAAUGUGGCACCUCGUUGAAGCGAGAACCGACGACGACCGCGGCCAGAGCCGGUGUCUACGAGCUGCCGUGGAUUGCGAUGAUCCGCUACAGCAAGGCUACCCCCGAUCAUGACCCGUACUGCGUGGGAUCGCUGAUCAACAACCGCUACGUGCUGACCUCCGGCAACUGUUUGCGGGCCAAGGAGCGAAGGGCUCUGGAUUCCGUCCGUCUGGGUGAGCGAACCGUCAACCAAGCUAGGGACUGCGACGGAGCUGAUUGCACCGGACCUCCGCUGGAAGUCAAAGCCGUACUUCCGUUCACCUUCCAUCCCCAAGCCAACAAACCAUUCCGCAACCACGACUUUGCCCUUGUCCGAAUGGAGAACAAGAUCGCCUUCACGGACAACAUCCGACCCGUUUGUCUGCCCGUCCGGGAGGAUCUCCGCAACACCCUACCGAACGAGUUCGUCCUGAACCUUUUCGAGAACACCGGCCCCCAAGGUUCCAUCCUGGAACUGUACAAGACCCGCUCCGAGUUCAGCGAGGUCGAAGAGUGCGAGGAACGCUUCGAGGACUACGGUUACAGCCCGUGGGUAACGAAGAACAUGUUCUGCGCCCUCGCCAAGGGACCGAACUUUAUCUGUACGCCGCACAUCGGAGCGCCGCUGGUAGCGAUGGUUCCCCAAGGGGAUCAGGUACGCGCCGUGCAGUACGGACUGUCCAUGUUUGGGCCGACCAACUGUACGAUCGCGCAGACCAUCCCGAAGGUGUACAACCGGGUGGCGCUGUACGUGGACUGGAUUCUGGAGAAUAUUGCGCCGUGAGGAUAGUGUUUAAUAGAUAUUCUUCAAAUAUUGUA